AUGGAGGACAUCUAUGAAAGUUCAGAUGCUGUAAGAAAUUAUGAAGUGAUGAUAAAGACAGAGAUGAUGAGUACAGAGAGACAGCAAGAGCUUCAACAUACAGGAAGAGUCUCAGUGAAGAACAGAAGACACAGAUCAGUUCAAGUGUGUUUGUGUUUACUGUCUGUUCUUCUGUUCACUGCUGUAAUAGUCAUCUGUGUCUAUUUCACAAACCAACUACUAACACACAACUAUAACUUGACUAAAGACAGAGGAGAGUUAAUAACACAUAACUUGACUGAAGAAAGAGAGAAAUUCAGAAACAAGAGUGAUGAACUUCAGCAUGGUCUUUAUGAAAAAGAUCAGCGGCCUGAUAACUUUAAAUGGACUUACUACAUUUCAUCUGAAUAUAAGAGCUUGAGUGACAGCAGACGAGACUGUGAACAGAAAGGAGCAGAUCUGCUGAUUAUAAACAACAAAGAGGAACAAGAGUAUUUGCAGAAGGCUAUAGCUGGUCGAUAUUAUUAUUGGAUUGGUCUGAGUAAAGAGGGAGGUGUGUGGAAAUGGGUUGAUGGCACCACAUUGAUUUUAAGUUUCUGGAUAAAUGGAAAUCCCAGACACAGUCAUACAUGUGCUGUAACAUCUUCAUCAGGAUGGGUUAGUCAUUCAUGUAAUGGGUACGAAAGAUGGAUCUGCGAGAAGAGAAUUUUAGAGUCACCGAUCAUAUAAUAAAUAUGCACAUACAGUAAAAUAAACUCAUAAAAACUUUUCUUUAAACACCAACAGCAGGUUAUGUUUAGUAAUCUUGUUUGUUAAUUUCAUGUUAAGCAAUAAAUAAACUACCCAUAAAUCAUGUUAUGCUUUUAAAUUUGAUGAUAUCUGCAUUUCUGUAGAAAUUACAGUAUUACUGGCAGCUGGUUGCCAGUAACUUACUGUAGAUUUUACAUUUAUGUUAUUUACUGGCAACAGUUUGUUAAAAGUUAA